AUGAGUACUUAUCAGUUGUCAGAUGAUAUUGACGAGAUAAAUCUAUACAAACUUAAGCCAGCGAGUAGGGAGAGAGGGACAUAUGCAGACCAACAGAAUAAAUCCAGCGACGAACAGUCACCAAGUCAAAUCAUCAUUGGGGAUGAAGUUAGUGAAGACGAUAAAGAGAGCGCAGAAGAAGAGAGGUUAAACAGCUUACUGAGGACUGUGCUGAUAACACUGAGGGACCAUCCGGAUAUCAUCAUGGAUAUCCUUCAAGACGAAGAAAGAAAGAAUAUGGAUUUUCAGCUACCACCUGCACAGUUGGUUUCGCAACCAAAGCGAGUUCAAAAGAAAGGGGGUGACAUGUAUAAGGCCUUAGGAGAUUCGAGUGAAUCUUCAGAUUCAUCAGAGGAAUCUCGGGAAAGCUCAGAAUCACAUGAUGCAAGCUACUACAAGAAUAAGUACGACAAAUCUUCAAAAUCUUCCCAAGGUUCCGAUGAAAGUAAAGAAUUGGAUUUAGCUCAUUAUUACAAACAGAAAUACGGGGGAAAAUCUGAAAGUGAAGACACGAGUAGUAGCGUGUCCCAUGAUGAAGAUGUCGAGGAGGAAGAUAAAAAGUCGACGGUCCCUUUAGAUAAAAGGGUUCCCGAACAGCCAGAAGAAACUAUAGAUAUUACGUCUCUUCCUGAUGGGAAUGACGUAGAUUUGACGGAUAUGAUAUCAGAGGGCGGACUGGAAGACCUGCCUGAGUAUAUAGAGUGGAAAAAUAAACUACCAAAGCCAAGCAAAUUACUCGUUUCUGAUAGUUCCUUGAAUCUUGGCAAAAUUGCUCCUGGAUUCAUUCAGACGUCAAUAAAACAAAAUGAACAAAACACUCAAGCAAGAAGCCAGGCUUUAAAACCAGUUGUCACAGAGGAAGAAAUGUCACAAGAUAGUGGCGAGGCAGACAAGGAAUCCGAUAAAGAGAACAAAGCAGAGUCAAACCAGACAAAUGAUGCAUCAUCCAGUGAUAAGUCAAAAAAUUCAUAACACCUCGCAAGAAGAAAAAAUUCUUAAAGUAUUUAUCGCGUCAAGAAGAAGGGCGCCUUUCGUUAUCUUUGGAGAAAAUUAUAUAGAUCACUCUUUAUCCACAAUGGGAGAACAGCUUUUAAAUAAUUCAAAUGUGAUGCCUGUUCUACUUGUAUUUUCUUUCUUUUUUUUUCUUUUUUUCUUUUUUUUAAUUUGGUAUUACAUUUUGUGCUCACAAUACAUGUUAUAAUCUGCGAUUGUAAAACGAUACUCUUUUAUUGAAUUUUAUAUUCAACUUAGAUUAAAAAGGUUUUAGAGCAUUUCGUUGUAUUAAAUGUUUGUUUUAGGAAUUAUUGUGGUUGUAGUUUGAAAAUUUUAUCGCAUUAAAAUGUCAGGUUUUAAAAGAAUUAUAUAUGAGAGUGUCGUAGUUGCAAUUUAUCGAUAUUUCCUACUUUUUUUGUAUUUGAUAAAUGAAACUAAAAUGUCAUUUGCUUUCACGUGAACACGUGUGAUCAAAAUGUAAUAAACUGAACAGUAAAUACAUUCCAGUUCCAGGAUAGUGCUUGUUGCAAGAAGUUUCAAUAUUUCAUCUUGUUAUUGUUUUUUGAUGAAACUAAAUGGUCCUCAAUGGAAUUGUUGAUUUUUCUUGUUAUUGUGUAAUAAGCCAUGUUUAUGGGAAAUCAAUAAAUAUAUUUGUAACAAA